AUGAGACCCCGUCCAUCGAUCAAUGCAAUUGGACCAGGAAAACGACCGAUUUCAAUGGUCUCUGCUCACAACGCCAUUCCUUUGACGAAGAAACCACGAAACGAGGAACCAUCCUCUUCUGCAGUGCAACCCGUUCAACGCCCGUUAAUUGAACUCGAAGAUCUACAAGCUUUUGCUGCAAAGGGGAAAUGUAAUGAGAUUGACGAAGCGAACUUUAAUGAAGCGAUUAAUAAGGCAAUUGAUGAAGCAAAGUAUAACAAAGCUUGCCGCUUGAUUGUGGCCUACUUGCUGAAGGUGAUAAAAAAGUCACAAACAACAUCGAAAGGAGCAUUCGAUGCGGAACAAAUGGCGCAGAUUGGCAAAAUUAUUACUGGAAACGGUGAAAAGCUAACGAAUGUCUUCAUGUACAAAGUGCUCUUUUGGGGUCUAUCGAUGAUGAAAAAUUCCCCGAGUGUGAAACAAGGAUUAUUUGUUGCGAUGAUUACACGAUUGGCAAUGGAUCAACCCCAAUUACAUCCAUUUCUCCUGCAAGCAUUUCUUGCCGAUUGUUUGGGAGAACGCAUUUGGAUUGACAAGCCGCACAGUGAACAACUCGUCUCGUUGAUUUUGAAACGAUUCAACACGAAGUUUCCAUCGCUUGAUUCAGUGCUGUACAAAAUGACCGCCGGGGAAAUUUCACCGCCUGCAUGGAUUCCUAAUUCAGAUGCCGUUGACAAAUUUCCGCCAAAUACAGAAGGGAUGACGGAAGAGGAACGAGAAAAAGAACAGAAGAGACGACGAAAGGAGAAGGAGACUGGAAAACAACCGAGUGAGGACAAAGAAGACGAAACACUGCCACCGCUGAGGAUUAACAUUGUUGCGGAUGCACUCACGUUUUUACGGCGAUCAUUGGAACAACAGACCGAUUCGCCGAAACUUCUGCGCACGCUCACCGUCUUUUGUGGACUUGGUGAAAUCAGACUUGCGGCAGCAUCGCGAAUGGACAAUUGGUUGCAAAAUCCUAAGGUUCAAAAACAGGCUUUGGAACUUCUAUUCUUCCUCGGUGUCAACAUUGAGGACCUUACGAAUAAACACGAUGCUGAAGCAAUCGGUCAUUUGUUGCGGAUGAAGAGUUUGAAGAGUAAACAGGUGCAAUCUGUUUUCAAUGCACUCACAAACCACAUCACAACGAAUGCGGAGAAUUGUCGAAUUUUCACCAAGGAACUUGCACUCAACGAAUUUGGUCCACAAGCAACGAGAUCGCCCCACAAUAUGAUUCUUCUUCAGUCGAUGUUUCAACACAACAAUUCACUCCAGACAAAGGUUUUCGCCGAAGAAAUGUGUGAUAUUCUUUUCGAGCGUCAGGAUAUGAUUCGAGCCGCGUGCAUUAUGAUACGAGAACUUAUCAGAUCCCAUCUCCGAGCUGAUUUCUCGUUUUCGCGCUUCCUUGCUGCGUAUUUAAAUAGUUGUAGUACGAGAAUGUUCUCCGGGAAACAUUUUAACGACGAAACCGUCAUGAAGACAACUCUCUCAAUUUGCAGUUUGAUUGUGUGGAUCGGGAUUUCUCAACAAGUACGCGACGAAUUCUCAAAAAGACGACAAGGCGAAGCUUUCAACACAACGAUUUUCAAUCGUUUCUCAAAUGAACUCAAUGAGCACUACGAGAAUGGAAUCAAGUGGCUCCGUUCGGCUUGCUCAAUGUUUGAUGACAAAAAGGAUUAUGUGCUGCGAUUGUAUUCAAUAUUGUUUCUGGAUAAAGGCUCCUUCUUGAUCAACACCGAUGGUGGGCCGAGUGAACCGGAAUGGGCAAUAUGUCAACGAAUCAUUGCUGAAACUCAUCCAACGACGAGAUUGAUUUCUUUGAUUAUCUCUGAUCAAUCACUUCAACAAACAGAUUGCAUUCAAAUUCUACACUUGAUCACGGAAAGGCUCGCGAAAAAUUUGACAUUUGCUGAUGAGAUGCUUCCAUUCAUCGAGGGAUUGAGCAUUGAAACGAUUGAUGCAGUGUAUGAAUUGGCUAGAUAUAAAUCACGGAGUGUAACAAAUAAUCAACCAUCUCCACUCUUCAUCGUCGAUCUGUUUUGGCGAAUCACAUUUGUCACUUUCGUGUGGACUUGUUUGGGAACGUCGACAUUGUUGAAGAAUGUUCACCAAAAAUAUGCGAAUCUGCGCCUUUUGAUGCUGGUUGGAAUAACGGAAAAUGUGGUUUUACCGGCCACACUUGCAAAGAAGAUCAAAGAAAAUGAAAAUUCGUUGAUGAAAGAACAACAGCGUGUGAUUCUUGAGAUCGAAAAGGCCGAUUCUCACAAUGCAAACCUUUCACUGGAAGAAAGCGAACUUAACAAAAUCUGCUUUGUCAAUCCGAUGAGUGAUAUAUAUCGUGCUCCACCGGCUGAACUCAUCGCUUCUAUCGGAGCAUUUUGCAAAGCGCACAAGAUUGGCGCUCGUCUAUGCGAAACUCGUUCUCCCGACCUUCUGCACGAAUUCAUCGAACUUGUCGGCACCGGUGAAGCACUUUAUGCAAUUACGUCAUUCAUCAAUCGAGAUCCUGGAGCCAUUUCCACGCUUUCCCUUGAGGCACUUUGUGAAGUUGUACUCCUACGAUCAAUCGAUGAAACUUCAGGCUCAGAUGAUAAUUGGAUGGUUCAAAAAGAAAAGAUAUUUGAGCGCUUAAUGGAAUCAUCCAAAUCGGACACAAAAGUUUUGUUCUUCAUCUUGGAUAAACUGACUAAUGCACGGGAUCCAAAUCAACGAACAGCGAUGCUAAAAAUUCUGAACACGAUCUAUUCACAGAAAUUCGAAUCAAUUGAUGAUGACGAUGACCCUGUCGAGUUUCUUCAAAUCGUCCCUACUUUGGGAAAUUUCGGAACGGAGCGUUAUUCAUUCAUCAUCUCAUUGGCCGGAGCGUGCAAGUUUGAAACGAAUUCAGGGCAUCUGAAGAAAUAUUUGAAGUUCAUCAAUGAUCAUGUUUCUCCGCAAGACGAUUUUGGAAAGGUUGUCAGAAUACUUUCACCAAUUGGGCUUAUGAAAGAUCAAACAAUCAAAACAGAGAUGCUCAAUCUUCAUUUAAGAUAUAAUCAAGCUAUGAAAGAACGUGGAGAAGUUGACCUUACCAGCGACAAUCUUUGUGUAGUACAGUUUAAGAAAGGAAAGAUUCAUCUCGAUUAUGAUGUGAUUCUUUCUCAAAUUCAACUCCUCUGCUCAUCGUUGCAUUCAGAAAAUGGAGUUGCACGAAAAGAAUUACUCGAUUUAUGGUUCCCUGAAGAUGGCUCAAAGGUGCAAGUGAUGCAAAAGAACGAAACGUUGAACAUCUUUAAUGAGACACUCUUGGCGAGUAUGUUGUGUACGGAAGAUGAACGAAUUGUCAAUGUUGCUUUAUCUGGAAUCACUCCUGAAUCGGCUGUGGCUCUUUUACGACGAUUCGGAUUAGCUCUAAAUUGUGCUUCUCGUCUACUUUUGAUGCUCGACAAACUUAAGAUUGACUUGGUUGAUCUUCCCGAAGCUCUCAAAACUCUUCCAUUUGCAAUCGGUUAUCGAACGAGAGGGGCGAAAGGUGGCGAUCAAUUCGUGAAGGUGUUGAACAACAAAAAACAACCAGAAGUCAAUAAAGAGGAAGCGCAUGAAUUUCUUAUCUGCGAUCCGCUGCCGCGACAAUCACCUCCACCUACGUGCAUGAUGCCACAAUUAUUGGAUGCGAAAGAUAUUGUGAAUAAGAUAAAGACGGCCAUUGCUGCAUCUAGUGAGUUGAACUUUGAAAGUUCUGAAGUCUGCAGCAUCUACUCGAAUGAAAAAGUUGCAUUGGAGUGCCUGGAACUCGUUGAAGGUAGUUUAAAGUAUUUACUCGAUCAUCCAGACACUUUUCUACAAAUCAUGCUCUUGUUGAGCUCAGCGGCUGAAAGGUUUCCGGCAGUUCAAACGCAGCUUGCUACGUGGUCAAUAAAGGUUUUGAAAGGCGCUCAACCACCACCGGUUGUUGCGGGGAUUUUGCAGAAUUUUGCAUCGACAAUAGCAACAGCAAAGAAAAUGCAGAAGGUUCAAUUGAAUAACGCUGACGAUGUCCUUAAACAACUACAGGAAAAAGACGAUAUAAACAAUGCCGAACGUUCACGCCUUGUUGCUUACUUUCUUCAAUUCCGCCCCGAGAUUGUCGAUGGUGGAAAGCAUAUGAUGGAACAAGCAGAGGCGUUGUUUCUAUCCAAGAAUCAAACAGUUGUCUGGCUUUGCUCCCAAUUACCGCAACAUUGUCUCCCCGAAACGAUGGUAUCGAUUCUCGCCUUUCUUCUCUCAAAUUUCAAUUCCAAGUUGAAUCCCUCAUCUGUGCUGUCAUUUCUAUCAUUUUGUGCGAACAGUGGAAAUGGUUUAGUCUUCAAGAAGGCUAACGAUGCACAGUUAAAUGUGCUUGCUCAAUACUUGUGUGCUGCUGUGUUGGUCGACACGAAGUUUGACGAGUUGGCCGUCUCAAUUGUUGUUGCUGUGGAAACAUCUGCCGGUUCACGAGUUCUUCGUCCAAUCAUCGAAACUUGCAUACGAGAGGCAAGCCUAGGACUCGGCUUGGUUAAACAAGAGCCAAUUAAACGACUGAUCUCAAAUGUAAACGAAAGAUAUCCUUGCUUGCAAGUUGAUAUGAUCAACGGCUUGGCGUUGCUAUCCUUUGUGAAUUGGCGUGCCGAUGAGUCGGACAAUAAAGCAACCCAACUGCUCACCGGGGCAUUUAGCGCAACAAAUCCGGAGAAUGCGAAGAAAAUGGUGGAUCAACUCGAAACAUUGUUGAGAGUUUAUCCAAAAAUCAUUGAAAGACAAAUCGGAAUGCUAUCAAGAUUGCUUGCACAAUUGGUGUCGAUGAAUUCGCGGAAUGUCAAAGAGCGAAUGUCACUGGUUGCCUUCUCGAUUCGUGUUCUCUAUCAAUUGAUACCCGUCGCCGAACAAGGAACACUGGAACACAUCGACGCUUUGAUUUCAGUCCUGAUUUCGUUUGCUGAGCGACAUCUUUUGGAGAAACGCCAAACGAUCAAUGAGACGAUUUUGAGGACAUGCUUACGAUACUUGGAUUCGCACCAAACACGCGCACAAGCUCUUCUCAGUGAGCAUCCCGAGACGAUUUUGAAACUCUGUGAUGGAAUCGCGGAUCGCUACUUCGUCGAACAGAUUCAGGCCGCUGUCAGAGGAGCAAGGACUAAUAAU